AUGUCAAACCUCAAUUAUAAUCUCUUUACCUUUGCACCAGCUAUUGCGGGCAUUGCAGCACAUCUAGGAUAUUUCAUCCAUGGCGAACAUCACAUGCAAGCUUUCCAAUGGUUCCUCACUACUGUCUUUUCACCUCUGUUUGUCUUCCUCACCAUCCUCAAAUUUGAUAUCACGUCUUCAUAUAUGACGGCUUUAAAACUCACAGCCAUUGUCCUUACCUCGUUCUUCACAUCUUUAACAGGAAGUAUCCUUAUUUAUCGCAUAUUCUUUCAUCCGCUACGCCAUUUUCCAGGACCGUUCGCUGCAAAAUGUUCGAAGUUGACUCAUACGAUGAGAUUAAUUGAGAAGAGUGAUAACUACUUGCAAACACAUGCAUUGCAUGGAGUGUAUGGGGAUAUUGUGAGGAUUGGCCCCAAUGAACUUUCGAUCACUAAACCUGAAGCUGUCCAGGCCUUAAUUGGGCUGGGAUCAAAAUGUAUUAAGAGUCCCUGGUAUGAUGUUGUUGCGCUUCCUCAUACAACUAUGCAUUCGGAACGCGAUCGUGUAACCCAUGAUAAGAGAAGGAAGGUUUGGGAUCGUGGAUUUAGCACGAAGGCCCUACGCAAUUACGAGGGUCGAGUCACAAGCUAUGCGGAUGAAUUGGUUGCUCAGCUUGACGCUUUCCGAGGAAAAGCAGUUAAUGCAACACAUUGGUUUAAUUAUUAUGCCUUCGAUGCUAUAGGCGAUUUAGGAUUUGGGAAACCUUUUGAUAUGUUAAAAACUGGAGAAAAGGUCUCGCCCCAUAAUGCACUCAAAUUAUUGCACGAAGUCCAGGUCCCACUGGGCUUUCUCUCACCCAUUCCCUGGAUUUUCCCUAUCCUCAUCAAGGCUCCAAGGCUUAUGGAUGGCCUCAACGGUUUUAUUAGCUUUUGUUCGAAACAAAUUGAUAUUCGAAGAGUGAAUGAACCAAGCGUUCCCGAUAUUAUGACAUGGUUAAUUGAUGCUCAUAAAAGUGAUCCAGAUCCAGUCCAUAAAGAUCCUAGAUGGUUAUACGGUGACUCACGACUCGUCAUUAUCGCCGGUAGCGACACCACAUCAGCAACCCUCACAUAUCUCUUUUAUCACCUAUGUCUCGAACCUCAUCACAUUGCCAAAUUGAGAGAAGAACUAGAGCCAAUAUUCACUCCAGGAUCCCCGAACGAAUGUAGAGAUAUUCAAUAUGCUCCGUAUCUCAAUGGUGUUAUUAAUGAAACUCUUCGAUUACAUCCAGCUGUACCCAGUGGUUUACUGAGACAAACACCUCCUGAAGGUCUUACAAUUGAUGGAACUUACAUUCCGGGAAAUGUGACCAUAUCAACCCCUACAUGGACAAUGGGUCGUCUAAAAUCCAGCUACCCCUCUCCUCACACCUUCCUCCCAACCCGCUGGUUCCCAGACCCAGAAAAUGCAAAAUUCCUCCUCGAUAAAUCAACAUUCACACCCUUCGGCGCGGGAAAUUACUCGUGUAUUGGAAAACAACUUGCCUUGAUGGAAUUGAGAGCUGUAGUAGCUAGAAUCGUUACGAGGUUUGAUGUGGGGUUUGCAGAGGGAGAAGUGGGGGAGAAGUUGACGGGGAGCGAGUGGGGUAUUGAUGGGAGGGGCGAUGGGGAAGUGGGAGGGAAAGGGAUAGGAUUGAGUGGAAAUCAGGAUACGAGAGAGGUUUUUACGUUUGAAUUGGGGGAUUUGAUGAUGGUUUUUAGGGAGAGGAAAUGCGGAGGUGAGAUUUGGUAG